AUGCCGGACACGUAUUCUGCCCGGACUGCAAGCGAAGCACGAAGGAGAUGUUCGACCACUCCGCCGGCGACACGAUGUGCUCCAAGUGUGGCCUCGUCCUCGAGUCUCGCUCCAUCGAUGAGACCUCCAAGUGGCGCACCUUCACCAACGAAUCCGCCAACAACCACCCUGUUCGUGUUGGCGGCCCCCUUCCUCUCUGAUAGUGGCCUCUCCACUCUCAUCUCCUCCAGCACCUGCUAUGCCGCCACCGUUCUGACUCCCUUCCAUCCUUUUUUCCUUGGCUGCAGGCAGAGCCAUGGAGCCAACUCUGAUCGUUCCCUCAUCAUCGCCUUCCGUACUAUCGCUGUCAUAGCCGACAGAUCCUUGUCUGGUAAAAAUUACCAACGGAUCCCCGAUCGGUUUGUAAAAUUACCAACAGAUCCCCUAUCGCAACAAAAACAAUGUACAACAACAUGUCCACUGGCUAUGGAAGAAAAGUAAAAAGAAAAGAAGGAACAACGGGAAAAAGAGAUCCAUAUAUUCACCCUUCUCCUCCAAUGUGCCAAUUCUAUUUCAGCCAAUGACUUUGACAGUGCUUAUCAUUCACUUCUAGUGGUGUCACAGCUUGCAUCCCCUUUUAGUUCUUCACCAGCUCAGCGCAUUGCAGCCUACUUCUCUGAAGCAAUAUUAGCUCACGUUAUUAGAUUAAGAGUAGUCGGUUUUAUUCCCAUUCCUGUUCAUUUCUUUCAACACCAACACCUUGGGAUGGCGUUCCAGGUCUUCAAUGGCCUCACCCCAUUCAUCAAGUUCUCACAUUUUACUGCAAACCAAGCCAUACAAGAGGCACUAGAGCAAGAAGACCGGGUUCAUAUCAUUGAUUUUGAUAUCAUGCAAGGCCUCCAAUGGCCUGGUCUUUUCCACAUUCUGGCUUCACGGCCUCAAGGACCACCGACGGUGAGGCUUACUGGUUUUGGCUUGUCACCGGAAUCACUGGAGGCCACCGGGAAGAGAUUAGCCAGCUUUGCUGAUUCAUUAGGGUUGUCCUUCCAGUUCCAUGGUAUCACAGAGAAAGUCGGAAAUUUAAACUUAGAGCAUGUAAUUAGUGUCACAGAGAAAGAAGCCGUGGCGGUGCAUUGGUUGCACCACUCACUCUAUGAUGUCUCUGCCUCUGAUCAUAAUACACUCUUGCUAUUGCAAAGGUUGAAACCAAAGGUGGUAACAAUGGUGGAACAAAACCUUAACAAAGGUACAAGACCAUUCAUGGCACGUUUCACAGAGGCCAUACACUACUACUCAGCAAUGUUUGAUUCUUUAGCUGCAACUCAUAAUGAAGAUAACGAAAGCCGUAGUAUUGUAGAGCAUGAAAUACUGCACCGGGAGAUCAGAAACCUGAUCACCGGGCCGGUCGCUGGGGAGGUUAAGUUUGAUGAUCACUGGAGAGUGAAACUGAGUGAAUCCGGCUUCCGGAGAUUAUCUUUGGCAGGAAAUGCAGCAGCUCAGGCAAGUCUUUUGAUGAGCAUGUUUGAUUGUGAUGGAUAUAGUCUUGUUGAAGAGAAUGGUACACUAAAAUUAGGAUGGAAGAACUUUUGCCUGCUUACUGCUUCAGCUUGGCAAUUCAUCAGUUAA